GAUCCUCAGUGAGAGCCAGAGGCUGCUCUUUGAGAAGCUGGCCCUGUACUGUGACAAAUACGCCCAACUCAUCCCCGUGUCCUUUGUGCUCGGUUUCUACGUGACCCUGGUUGUAUCCCGCUGGUGGAGCCAGUACCAGAGCAUCCCUUGGCCUGACCGGCUUAUGAACCUGGUCUCGGCCAACGUGGAGGGCGAGGGCGAGCAAGGCCGGCUGCUUCGCCGCACCCUGAUGCGCUACGCCCACCUGUGCACCGUGCUCAUCCUCCGUUCAGUCAGCACUGCUGUCUACAAGCGCUUCCCCAGCACCCAACACUUAGUGCGGGCUGGCCUCAUGACCCCUGAAGAGCACAAACAAUUUGAGAGCCUCAACUCUCCCCACAACAAAUUCUGGGUCCCGUGUGUGUGGUUCUCCAACCUGGCCGCCAAAGCCCGGAGAGAGGGCCAGAUCAGGGACAGCGUUGUUCUCCAGGGUAUCCUUAAUGAACUGAACACCUUACGCUCUCAGUGCGGCGCGCUCUACGGCUAUGACUGGAUCAGCGUGCCUCUAGUCUACACACAGGUGGUCACCGUCGCCGUCUACAGCUUCUUUCUGGCCUGUCUGAUAGGACGCCAGUUUCUGGAUCCGGCCAAAUCCUACCCAGGCCAUGAGCUCGACCUUUUCGUGCCCGUUUUCACCCUUCUCCAGUUCUUCUUCUACGCUGGUUGGUUAAAGGUAGCCGAGCAGCUCAUUAACCCCUUUGGAGAGGAUGAUGAUGAUUUUGAGGCCAACUGGCUGAUCGACCGGAAUUUACAGGUAUCUCUCCUGGCCGUGGAUGAGAUGCACCAGGACCUGCCAGUCCUGGAAAAGGACGUGUUCUGGAACGACCCCGAUCCCCACCUGCCCUACACGGCCGCAGCCGCCGAGUCCAAGCGGGCCUCCUUCCUGGGCUCCACCUUCGACAUCAACAUGCAGAAAGAAGAGAUGGAAUUUCAGCCCCUGGAGCAAAUUAAGGAGAAUGAGGAGGCGAACCACUCAACUCCCUUCAUGGGUCCCUUCAGCCGCCUCCUGGGGGUUCAGCCGCCCGGCUUCACCAGGUCCGCCUCUAGAAUGAACCUGCUUCGGAGGAGGGAUUACUCGUACCAGGACGUGGGCAAGCCCAGGGGCUCCUGCCCGGCCUGGACCUCGAGGGCCGAUGCCCUUUCCCAGACCGGCAGCAGCCUGAGGGAACACUGGGAGAGUGAAGACUCGAAGCUGCGGGAGCUGGACGCCUUCAUCUCCACGCCCUUCUGCGAGAGGCCCGGCUUCUACAGCGCCCCCCAGACCCCCAUCAGCUCCUUCCCUCUGGUCUUCCCGCUGAGGCGUCCGCCGGGCAGAAGAGGCGCCACCCUGGUCCAGCCGGGCCCGGCCUCCGCCAAGGACAACUGUGCCAACUUGGGCCCCUCCCAGGCCAGCGACAUGGACGCCAGCCAGAACUCCGUGACCUCCAGCGUGAGGGAAACUUUUGUCUGGCCCACAGAGAGAGGCAGAAGCCCCGAGGCUUCCUUGGUGGGCCCCCUGGAGGACCAUCUACCCAGGAAACUCGAAGACCUCAGUGUCCCAGGGACCCCGGAGGCCCAAACCCCAGCUUCCGAGAGUCUCAGCAGGCUGUUCCAGGCCGACGGGGAGAAGCCGGACGGCUGCAGGAGGCCCAGAAGCCCCUGGCAGCCCUGGCUGGCCCUGGAGGGCACCUCUGCCCUCUGUUUGGGUUCUCUGCCCGCUACAACAGGCAGCCCCAGUGGUGACCCUGCCCUGCCCUCCACCAGCCCCCUGGCACCUCCAUCGCUCUCUGCCGUCAGGUCCAGCAAAGCCGCUGUCCCUGGCUCAGAGGGCGCCGGGCCCAGCCCGGUCUCCAGGGAAACAUCGGAGGCCCUGAGGGACCGGGGGAGCAACGUCGCCUUCCCUGGCGGGCGCAGGGCUGCCACAGAGCACUCCUCCCCCAAAGACUCGGGCAUCUCCCUGGCAGAGGGGGACCUGGCGGGCCUGGUGGAAGCAGUGCUGGAGAGAGGCGAGUUCUCCGAGUCUGGGCAAGUGGGCAGGUUCAGUUAGCCCGGG